UCAGAAUUGUGGUCGCAAUGGAAGAGUGCGUUCAAGAGGCGACAAUUCUCUUCGACCAGCAGCAAGGCGUCCCGCAGUACUUGCCGAUACCGCACAAGGGCCAGCCCGAGCGAUACCCCGCCUACACGAUGCACAUUCCCCAUGGUUUCUUGAACUGGAGAACGGACCGGCGAGAUGUCAUCGCGUUCCCGACCCAAGACGUUGCGCGGUCGAUACUCAACUUUUGCCGCUGCGGUGUCGUGCGAGGUGGAAUAUUCUUCACCCGCAAUGACACCGAUGGCGACGAAGCCGACAAUGCUAGAUACAUGGUGGCCGUCAAGAUGAUGGACCGACACCAGCUGCAGCUUCAACGAGACGACAUCGAGAAUGAGCUCAGUGUCAUGCGCGUGUUGCAACCAGGAGGGUUUACGGGUGUUCUGCAUAACCCUCACAUUCUGCAGUGGGAAGCAUCCAGCGAUGUCGCGAACGAGUACAUUGCUACAGACUACGUGUCGAAUGGGAGUCUCGUGUUGUACUCGCACCACCGUCUCCAAGAGCUGCGUUUUCACGUCAGCAUCGAACUGGCUCACCAUCCCGAGCUGCAAGAAGCUAGGCUAGCCCAGCUGUGGACCCACGAAUCGCUCCACCUGUUCCACGGGAUCAUGAAAGGGCUCGCGUACAUCCAUGCUCAGGACGUUGCACAUCUCGACUUGGACCCGAACAAUAUUGUGAUCGACGACAACCGAACUCCUCGUAUCCUUGACUUUGGCAGCGGCGAGUACUUACGAACGACGAAGGGCCCAGGCUUCGCUGGUGGUGGCACAUCCUUGGUGAAAUGCAAACCGUUGUAUGCGCCACCAGAGGUCCGUCGCCACAACCAGUCGCAACCGCCACGAACGCCGUUCAAUGGGACUGCUGCCGAUAUGUGGUCUGCCGGGACCAUGUUGUAUCAACUCGUGUGCUUCGGUUACCCGGCCGGCGAAUAUGCUCUUGUGCGUGACGUCAACUGGCGACGUAAUCUCCUUGCCCACGCCAACGACAUCCCUCAUGCAGGCAACGAAUGCUACAUUUGCGUGCGCGAAAUCGCAUUUCCCCCCGUGGUCUAUGAGAUUUUCCGCAGUUUGCUCAACGAAAAUGACCCGGACGCACGCAUGUCUGCAUUUGCCGUCGCGGAACUCCUCGGACAGUAUUUGACUCAAAUCACUUAAGUUAUAGAGUAACAUCAUCUCCUCCGAUGUGUUUGCCAUCCAGUUCAAAAUCUCUGAUUUGAACUGGCGAAGACUCGCGCACACAAAGAGACUUCCAAGCACAACUUUCUGGUGCAUCAUCCUUUGCAUC